AUGUCGCGGUUGUACAAUCGCCCAUUAACCAUUCAGCGAGCGUAUAUUCGAGAAAUAACAAACUCAAGUAUUACUAUCAACUGGGAAGAUGACAACUAUAAUAAAAAUGCAAACAUAACAGCCUAUGAAAUCGUUCUACAGCAGAAUAAUACAAUUUAUUAUCGAGUUCUUGUCAACAGUUCAUCAACAUCGUACAUAUUUCCAUCAUUACGGUCAAAUACAUUGUAUACAAUAACUAUUUAUGCAAUUGAUACUUGGAAUCGUUAUAGUGGCCCAUACACUCUAAAUGGGACAACAUUACUACUCACGUAUUCUCAAACUUCUACUUUUCUACCAUCAACCAUAAAACUUCGUUCGUCUCCUUAUCCUCAUACCCAUCAUCGUCCUUAUAAUCAUUUGGUUACCGACUAUGUACUGUGCUUUCAUUCCGAUAAUUCCUUGCUGUUUAUAUUUAAUCGUACAACAAAAUCAUCUUCUCUUGUCAAUACUUCAACUGUCACUCAUGAUAGAAAUGAUGAAAAAAUUCUCUAUAAUAUAACUGUUUAUGAUUCUGCUGGGCAUCUAUUAUUGAACGAAUUAAAGAAAUGGAAUGGAAAACCAGAAUUAAUUAUUUAUCAUACAAAAAGAAAGGUAACAAAAAAUGGUAGCUAUAGUGUACAACUACUGGCUUUAAACGAAUUUAAUAAUCAUGGACCGUUGUUGAUCGGAGCCGUUACAAAACUGUGCGAAGAUAUUCGAACAUCAAAAACAUUAUAUUCACCUUUAUUAUGUACGAUCAAUGAAAAGAAUCAUUUAUAUAUACAACUGAUUGAUAAUCCUGAAAAUUCCAUUCAUCUUAAACCAGUUAUUAUCUAUUAUCGAUUAAGUCAAACAAAUUUUAUGCGAACAAAUAUUAGUGAUAUAGACAACUACAUAAGUCGAAAUGUAGCCGAUAUUGGUUAUAAUUAUUCAGUCAUCAUCGAAAAUAUAUUAAUUGGUUCAAAUGAGAAAUUAAAUACGACAGUACCAUGUGCCAUAACUAGAAUAGCAUUGAUCGGUAAAGUAACAAUAAAACGAGAUAAUCGUGUACUUGGUGGAAUUAUUGCCGGUUUAAUUUUAUCUAUAAUAUGUUUGACUAUUCUCUCAUUCUUUAUUGCAUAUAAAAAAGGAAAGACUCCGGACUGUCGACAUAUCUUAUUACGUUAUGAGUAUGUAUUGCGAAAAAAACUUCAUCCUCGAACAAAUUUAAUUAGUACAAAUAGUGAAGGAAAUUAUUUUGACAUUAAUCACAAAGAAACUGAUUUGACAGCCAUUCCAAUAGCUCAGUUUGAAUCAUAUGUCGAAAGUAUGCAUAAAGAUGCUGAUUUUGGUUUUAUUCGAUUAUUCGAGGAUAUAUGUGAAAUCUCCAAAAGUUAUACAUUUACAGCUAAUGUGUCGCAACUCGAUUAUAAUAAAAUAAAAAAUCGAUAUACGAACAUUCUUACAUACGAUCAUUCACGUGUAAAACUAUCAAGCGAUGAUAAAGAUGAACGAAAUAGUUAUAUCAAUGCGAAUUAUGUGGAUGGUCAUCAUCGUACGAAUACUUAUAUAGCCACUCAGGGUCCAACGAGUCAUACAAUAAAUGAUUUUUGGAGAAUGAUUUUUGAAAAAGAUGUUAGUGUAAUAGUUAUGAUAACUAACAUUAAAGAACGUGGACGGGUUAAAUGUGACACGUAUUGGCCAGUAGAAGGAACCGAAACUUAUGGAACUAUACAAGUUACACUUCUAACAACAAUAACAUUAGCAUAUUACGUCAAAAGAAUAUUUGCCAUUCGGUGUAAAAUAAAUCGAAAGCGUGUAACGUACGAACGCUUAGUUUAUCAGUUUCAUUACACAGACUGGCCUGACCAUGGUGUUCCUGUUUUCGUUCUUCCAGCAUUAUCUUUUAUUCGAAAAUCUUCACAAGCCAAUCCGGAGGGCGCUCCGAUUGUUGUCCAUUGCAGUGCUGGUGUUGGACGCACAGGAACAUACAUUGUUAUCGAUACCAUGUUGAAAACGCUUAAAGAACAACGUUCAAUUAACAUUCCAUCAUUUCUUAAACAAAUUCGUCAACAAAGAAAUUUUCUUGUACAAACAGAGGAACAAUUUAUAUUUAUUUAUGAUGUGCUAGUUGAAGCCAUAAAUGAAUACAAUUUUUCAUCAAAUGGUCUGAAUGAUAUUGAAUUAAAUGAAUAUAAUUUUGAUUAUUCAAUACAAAUGUUAGAUUAUUUCGAUAAUGAUUCAAACUUGACAAGAUUAGAUAAACAAUUUAAUUGUAUAGUAAAUAGUAAAAUAAAAGAUUAUGAUUUAUUAGCUGGACGAGCAGAAAUAAAUUUAUUAAAAAAUCGAACACAAGCGAUUCUACCAGUAAAUCCAACGAGAGUAAUUUUAACAAAAAAAACAAAUAUGUCAAAUGGUGACGAAUAUAUCAAUGCUACGUUUCUCAAUGGUUGUUAUCGUCCAGAUGAAUAUAUUAUUACCCAGCAUCCUUUGGUAAACACAAUCAUGGACUUUUGGCAAAUGAUUUGGGAUACAAAUUCUUCAUUAAUUGUGUCACUUUACGGCGAUGAGAAGACACAACCUGAUGUUAUGUCAUAUUGGCCAAUUUUAAACCAAAUUAUGGAUUGUGGAAAUUUUAGCGUUUGUUUAGUUGAUGAAACAUUUGAAUGUGACUAUGUUUAUAGAGACUUUGUUUUACAAUCAACUGAAGAAGAUUACGAAUUACGUGUGAAACAGGUUGUUAGUUCUUAUUGGCCAGAUGCUUGUAGUCCAAUAAUGGCUUCGUUUACUCUUAUACAUAAUAUACGAAAAUUAAGAAUGUUGAAUACAAACGGUCCUAUAGUUGUACAUGAUCUAUUUGGUGGACAUCGUGCAGCUACAUUUUGCGCACUAUAUACAAUGAACGAUCAAAUAGAAAUUGACGGGUCGUUGAAUGUUUAUGAAUUAGCAAAAUUAUAUCAUAUGAAACGCCCAUCUAUUUGGAGACAUAGUGGAGAUUUAUUUUACCUCUAUCGUUGUGCUGAAAUAUUACUUAAAGAUUAUAAAAUAAGUGUAAAUCCUUCUGGCAGUCAAACAAUGACAUCUAAUUAUCAUCCUAAUAGUUAUCAUGGCAAUAGUUUAUACUCUAAUCAAAAUCAAAACAACAACAAUCAUCGUCAUCAACGGUAUCAAUACUCAAAUUAUAAUCAUUUUCCUACUACACAAAGCUAUAUUCACGUGGUGGACUCAUCAAUACAACCUUCCACGUCACAAUCACAACAAACACCAUCCACUAUCAUAAGUGCACAAUUAAAAAUUACAAAUGUGGCACAAAACGUAAUGGAUUCAUUUUCAAAACGUCGGCAAAAAUCUCGUAGUUAUCGUCCACAAACGUUAAAAAGAAUUUUCUUUCUGAAUAAUGAAUCACCAUUGUAA